UCACAAGACGUGAAUCAUAACAAACAGUGGCAGUAUCUCAGCUGACUCACAUAAACAAACGGGACGGUAAAUGCGCACUCAUUUCUCCAACUCACACGGGCUUGUGGGAAUCCAGUUAUACCGAAAAUCCCCUUUUCUGGGGCCGAACGUCUCUCUCUCUCUUUCUCUCUCUCUCUCAUUCCCCUCCCCACCUCUCUCUCUCAGUAUCUGGCUCAUGUUAGAUCCUGUCUGCUUCAGCAACGUCCAAAACCCCACCUCCUCCUGUCUCUCUCUCCCUCUCUCCACCCCGUCUCAGGCGGCGUGGAAUCCUGGCUGUGUUUAAUUGCCGAGUGGCAAGAUCUGAGGGGAAAGAUCGGGAGCCGCUGCGUCUGUCAACGCUUUACGAGCCCCAACCCUGGGAGAGAGAGACGGGGAAGGUGUAGGAAGGAAGUGUUUGGACUUUGGGAAUGGGUGAGCUGGGGAAUUUUUACGCAGUGGGGAGGUGAAGAAAGAGGUGAAACGCUGAAGUAAGACUUCAGAGUUGGAGAAAAAAAAAGGCGGGAGGGAGAGAAAAGAGGCCCACCGUUGGAGAAAGAGCAACGAGGAGGAAAAGUGGGGGGUAAAAAAAGAGUAAGUUAGAAAAAGGAGGAAGGAAGGAAGGAAGGAAGGGGGAGGUGAGCAAAAAGUUAGAGAGGGAGAGAAGGGGAGAGAGAGAGAGAGAGUCAAACGCAGUGAACGAGAGGAGGCACAGAUGAGAAAAACAGACGCUGUGGAUGGCCUGGGUGGAGAGAGAGAACCAGUUGUUUUCUAAGUCGCCUUUCAGACUGGAAUGCACUCGGAGAAUUUGAGAUUCCCAACGCCUUACUGCCAACUUUGCUUGCGACGCACGCCGGGCCCCGCAGACGGAUCAUGUCUGGAGUCCGGAGUAGCCCCGUUCCCAAAGGAGUUAGGGAUGGAGCGAGCGGAGAGGACUGGAGCAUCUCCGGUUUAUGCCGACGAGAUCCGGCAACCGUGCUACAGGUGGGACUCGGCGUGCGUUCGGGAGAUCCGGCGGGAGUGCGGAUGCGUCCAGCGCUGGUAUUACCCAGAGCUGUUGCAUCCCUUCAACGGUGACCAUGUUUUGAAGGUCAGAGGUCACCGGUGCAACUCAUCCUACAUUCAGGAAUGGGACACCAUUCAUCAGCCUGAAUAUAAUGGACAUUGCGAGAGGAGACGGGUGUCAUUCCGGCAUCGCGAGGAGCGACCCGAGACUGGCAGACAAUCACACUGUAACGGGCCGAACUCAAAUCAGGCAGGUUUUUUCCCAACUGAGGUGCCCUCGAGCAAGCUGGGCCGCUCCAGGGCACUCGGGAAUGGGCUGCAGGUGAACGGACCGCAGCGGGAAGUAAGGACGCCUCGGGGGGACGAGGGUCUGGAGAAACAUGGCAAGCAGAGGAAGAGCCAGGGAACAGUACGGGAACAGAUCAAACAAGUGGUCAAAGAGCUCGAGGAAGUCCUGGGUGGUCUCAAACAGGUCCAGUUGGAGAUGAAAGAGGUUGUCCAACAGAUCGACAUUCUGACGUCCAAUAUUGACCUUGGUGAAGACGAACCAAGUCUAUCCAAAGGACUCUCCCAAGAUGCCACCAAAAGCAGUCGGAUUGGUGUUGUGGCAUUGAUACACAAUUCAAACAGUGAAGAGGACAUGUCCACUUCUAAUUCCUCUCUCGCUCACAGCCCUGUCACUGUGGAUUUAGUUCACAUUAACAGUCCUUCACCGAUGAGAAACUGCACAAGUCCAUCCCCUCCUGAGCAACGAUCCGUUACUGUUGAGGAUAAAGGCAAACGAGUUGUGAAAAAGAGCUCAGAGACUCAAAGGACAGCCAAUGGAAACUGCCUACCGCAUCGAACGGCAAGGAAAGGCCAACUGGAAAACCACAGACCCCCUGCAGCUCUAGCAGUGUGCACUAACUCAAAUAAAACCCAACGGCCUCCAUUUUACCCUCAGAAUGGACAGGUGAAGAUGAGGACGCCCCCCUAUCCUGGAAAACAUAAGAUGCUCUCCUCCACCGUAGUGGACUGAUGCCACACAACCCAGCUGACUCACACCGGAUAACGGAGGAUCCCGGGCCGAGGGGCAGUGACUGUAUUUCCCAUGGAAAACGCCAGAAGCAUCUCAAAGCCCUCUUUCUCUCUCACACCCCUGCUGAAAGAAAAGCCUAGUUUGGACCAACCUAAAUUCACCAUGAGAUGGCAUUGACAGCUCAAUUUACUUACAUAGCCUGAUGUAUUUCUGAUUGAAACUCAGUGAGUGAACGUGUAAGUGGUUGGAGGGGCGGGGUCACAAAGCAAGAGGAACUUGUGAUGUCAGCUGAAUAGGAAAGUCGUUUCAGAGGCGGAGCAAGUUGUUUAAUUUUGAUGAAAGAUUAUGAAAACGAGCAUUUAAAAAGAAAUAGGAAUAAUGUGCAUCAAGUGAUUUUAAACAAACAGUAACGAAAGUAAGUAAAGAAUGUAAAUAGGGUCAGUUUUAAGUUUAUGUUUUGUUAAAACAUCCAAAUUGGAGUUUUGUUGCUCUCAGUCCAUGUAUAUUUUGUCUACCUGUUAAAGUUUAUCUUUCUUUUAGCAAAUAGACAUUUAAAAUGUACAGUCUUUUUUCCUCCAGGAAAUCGGACCAAAAAUAUUGAUCUUGUUUGCUGGGAUAUGCAUAGACUACACCAGUGGUUCUCAAUUCUGAUCCUUAGCAACUGCAUAAGAAACACUCAGAACUCCUUAGCAACUGCACAGCAACAUUCUAAAAAGCUUUUCACAACUUAACACCUUAGCAACCGCAUAUCAUUGUUCUGAAACACUCAGAAUUAUCAACUUAAUUUAAAUAAAUAGUUAUAUUUAAAAGUGCUAAACUGAAUUAUAAAUGUAUUUUGUGAUUUUUAAUAUAAAAAAAUUAUUUGGUCAUAUGUGCAUUUUAUCAGAAUCAGAGCCAGAAGUGUCUGUUGCUGUAAAAAUAAACUUUUAAAUAUUACAAUUUACAUUAAUUAAAUAAAUAACAACUUAAUAUUUAUAUAAAUGCACUUGGAAGUUUUAUUAAAAUGACCUCUAGACUGAAAACAGCCCCAAUCCUAAAUGAUAAGCUCCAAGUGCCUCUGUAAUCCGCAAUAGCAAGUUAAAAUGCAUUUCGUCUGCGUGUUUGAUUGCACUAAUGCUCAUAUUUAUUUUCUUCUCCAAACAUUUGGUAGGAAGUGACUGUAAUUUAUUCAUUUUUUAAGUGUUUUCUUGGCUUUUGUCCACUAAAUGUAGUUUCAUGGGGCUGCGGCAUAAACUAAAGAUUAUUAAAAAAGAGACCUAGUUCCUGUUUCAGUAGGAAAUACGUCAGCACAGGAAAGAAAACUGAGCUCAUCAAACCAUUUCAUGGGACUUUAACUGGUUUAGAUGGACACUGCUGGUGUGUCACAGGCACAAGUGGGUUGAAUUGGGAAGCUAGACCAUUGUAAUAGGAUGAAAGGUCCUAAAACAUGCAAUUAUGCAUAUUAUUGUUAUUUAGGCUGACUGAAGUAGUUUAGCUGGUCAAAGCUGUUUUGGGUCACUUCAGCAGGAUCUCUCUCUCUAGCUGUGCUGCUGUGUAAACCUUUUGGAACAAGCUGCCCUUCUUAACUAACCUGUGACCUGAUAUCUGCGUGUUUCUCCUUUAAAGUGAACACAACCGAGGAAUAAGCUGCUUUAGGUUGGAUAUGAUGACUCUAUAACAGGGCCUUGAUCUUUCAGAUUUAUGUAAACUAUCGCCAGCGCUCACAUGGAUCUGAAAGAGCCUGACUUCCCAGCUAACAAAAAUAUGUUCUAAGAACGUUACUUCCGUUACAUACAGUUUUUAAAUCCAUUUUUCUUGGUUAUAUGUGAACAUUAAGGGAACAUUCCAUUUUAGAAUGUUGCAAACAUUAUAGAAACGUUACUUUUAAAUGCUCUCUAAAUCUUUCGAGACAAGUUUUAAGGACAUUCGUAAAAACCAGAUAACUGAAUUAACGUUUUUUUUUUAACAUUACUGGACAAACGUUUGUUCAUAACUUUGAGAGAACAUUCCUUGUUUGCUGGGUAGACAGUUGAAAAAAAAAAAGCGUAAAAAGAGGAAGAGUUUUCUUAAUAUUUUUUAUUUUUACUAUUAUUAUUCAGACCAAAGAUUGAAAUAAUUUUUGUUCAGAGAGGGUGGAU